UAGCUCACUUAUCAUAUCAAAGCAACUCUUCAAGCAAGUAACAACUUUAGCUUCUUAUACAUUAUCAUUGAGUGUUAAUUUUACUUGUGAGCAAGCAUUUAUGAAAAUGGCCUACUCUAAGGCUUUUCUCAUUCUUGGGCUUCUUUCUUUUUUUCUCUUUGUUUCCUCUGUUGUCUCGACUCGUCAACUUACAGAAUCCACCUCUACUGAAACCACUCAAUCCACUGAAGAGCCAAAGGAGCUAGACGGAUACGGUCACGGUGGUUACGGACAAGGACAUGGUGGUUAUGGACAUGGGGGAUAUGGCCAUGGAGGAUACGGCCACGGUGGUGGCUAUGGACAUGGUGGACAUGGUGGCCACUACCCACCAGAAGAAGAAGAGAUGGUUGUACAAGAGGAUGUAGAGCCAGAGGGUUAUGGUCGUGGUGGUUACGGCCAAGGUGGGUAUGGUCGUGGAGGAUACGGCCAAGGUGGAUAUGGUGGUUCGAGGGGUGGAUAUGGUGGCUCUAGGGGUGGAUAUGGUCAAGGUGGGUAUGGUGGUUCUAGGGGUGGCUACGGCCAAGGUGGCUAUGGACACGGUGGGUACGGGCACGGUGGAUAUGGCGGUCGUCACCCACCAAAAGAAGAAAUCAACAACUAAGUAGAUUUUAUGUUGUGAUUGACAUGCAUGCAAGAAAUACUAGCUUCUAUUUAUAGAAUGAGAUUCCAUAUAUACAUGUAAUGUUAAUAAGCAUGUCGUCUAAAUGUACUCUCCUUUGUCAAGUAAUAUAGAGUCCUUGCUGUUUUUUUUUUAGUA